UGCGUCACUUCCGGAGAGACGUAGUUAGCAGGUAUCUGCAGCAGUGAUGGCGUCCGCGGGAAUGGACGCGACGUAAAUACACAACACGCUCGCUUCUGUCGGUGUUUGUUCGUGUUUCAUUAGCUGUGCAUUGUAGAGGGGGAGCAAACAACUCAUGGCGACCGGGAGCGGUGGCAGCGGCGGCGGCUUGGCGUCAAACCAUGACGGGCAGGAGGGAGCGUCCAACUCGGCUCAUUCUGGUGCCGCUGCGGUGAUAUCCAACAUGCCGGCCUCCGGUCCCGCUCCGUCCGCCUCCCCGCCGGUGCUCGGCCUGCACCGGGAGCCCGUGUACAACUGGCAGGCGACGAAAAGCUCCCUGAAGGAGCGCUUCGCCUUCCUCUUCAACAACGAGCUGCUCAGCGACGUCAGGUUCAUCGUGGGGAAGGGCAGACAGGCCCAGAGGAUACCGGCCCACAAGUUCGUCCUGGCCGCCGGCAGUGCCGUGUUCGAUGCCAUGUUCAACGGAGGCAUGGCCACCACCUCGGCUGAGAUCGAGCUGCCUGAUGUGGAGCCGGCAGCUUUCCUCGCACUGCUCAGAUUCCUGUAUUCUGACGAGGUCCACAUCGGUCCAGAGACUGUGAUGACAACUCUGUAUACGGCCAAGAAGUACGCGGUUCCUGCUCUGGAAGGUCACUGCGUGGAGUUCCUCACCAAGCACCUCAGAGCCGACAAUGCGUUCAUGCUCCUCACUCAGGCAAGGUUAUUUGAUGAGCCCCAACUUGCCAGCCUCUGCUUGGACACCAUAGACAAAAGCACUGCAGAUGCAAUAAAUGCUGAGGGCUUCACAGACAUUGACCUCGACACCUUAUGUGCAGUGCUAGAAAGAGACACACUCAGCAUCAGGGAGAACCGUCUGUUUGGGGCGGUGGUACGCUGGGCAGAGGCAGAGUGUUACAGACAGCAGCUUCCCCCAACCUCGGAGAACAAACAGAAAGUUCUGGGGAAAGCUCUCCCUCUCAUCCGCUUUCCACUCAUGACUGUUGAGGAGUUUGCUGCAGGGCCUGCCCAGUCUGGAAUAUUGUUCGAUCGGGAGGUGGUAAAUCUGUUUUUACACUUUACAGUAAACCCCAAACCACGGGUCGACUACAUUGACAGGCCUCGCUGCUGCCUCAGGGGGGAGGAGUGCAGCAUUAAUAGAUUCCAGCAGGUUGAGAGUCGAUGGGGGUACAGUGGUACCAGCGACAGAAUCAGAUUCAACGUGAACAGAAGAAUAUCCAUAGUGGGUUUUGGGUUGUAUGGUUCAAUACAUGGACCCACAGACUAUCAGGUCAACAUACAGAUCAUAGAAAGUGACAAACGCAUCACACUGGGCCAGAAUGACACAGGCUUUAGCUGUGACGGCACAGCGAGCACAUUCAGAGUGAUGUUCAAAGAACCGGUGGAAAUCCUGCCCAAUGUCAGCUACACUGCAUGUGCCACCUUAAAGGGCUCAGACUCACAUUACGGCACAAAAGGGUUGAAGAAAGUGACCCAGGAAUUAGCAACAGGGACCAAGAUGACGUUUUUGUUUUUUAGCUCACCUGGAAAUAACAACGGUACGUCAGUGGAGGACGGGCAGAUACCAGAGAUCAUCUACUACACCUAGACUUAACACGGUGUCAUGCAGGUACACUGAACUCAGACUGCUGGAAAAACUGGCUUGCUGGAUAUACAAACGUACGUAGUGCCUCACGAUACCUUGGAGUAAAGAAUGUGUGUGUUUGAGUGCGUGUUGAUGCUGUACGUGUGUAUCUGUCUAGAGAAUAGACGUGUGCAGACACGAUCAGGAAUGUGGAGAUGGUCACAGUUGUGGUGAAAAUCACAGCUCUGGUGUGAAAAAAACACUUGAUGACCUGUAUCAUCAU